AUGAUUAAUUUAGGUGGUGGUUCAGCAUUACUACCGUUACCUAUUGAUGCUCUUUCACUAGAAGAAGAAAUUCAACUAAUAAAAUUACUACAAAGUAAAGGAGCAAAUAUUCAAGAACUUAAUACAGUUCGACAAGCUAUGAGUCAACUUAAAAAUGGUGGACUUGUUCGAAUAUCUAAAGCAACAACUAUUAUUGGAUUAAUUCUUUCGGAUGUUAUUGGAGAUCCACUUGAAUUCAUUGCAUCUGGUCCAACAUUCUAUAGUGGCAAUAAAAAUCGACCAGCACUUGAUAUUUUCAAUAAAUAUGAUCUUUUGAAUCAUAUUCCUACUCGAUUUCUUCAACAUUUAAAAGAAAAUGAAAAUACUAACAAUGAUCAAAAUAUAUCUUCAAUUAAACAAAUUCAUAAUAUUAUUGUCGGUAGCAAUCGUAUUGCAUUAGAAGCAGCUGCUCAUUUAUGUCAUCAGUCACUCGCCUACGUUCCUUUUAUUGCAACAACCUCUUUACAAGGUGAAGCACGCGAAGUUGGCCGUCGUAUUAUUGAACUUGUCACAACAAAACCAUCUCAGUUAAUUUAUAAUGAUAAUAUUGCUUGUUUAUUUUCUGAUCAAUCAACAUUUGAUGCUUUUCAAAAAUUGAUCAAAGAAUACAAACAUUAUUGUCUUUUAUUAGGUGGUGAAACAACAGUCAUAAUGAAAAAUGAUGUUGGAAAAGGUGGUCGAUGUCAAGAACUUGCAUUAUCAGCAGCAUUAACUAUUGACAAUAAUAAUGAAGAUACAUCUAUAAUAUUAUUAGCAGCCGGUUCAGAUGGAAUUGAUGGACCGACUGAUGCAGCUGGUGCUUUUGCAUAUAAUGGUAUGAUUACCAAUGAGGACGACAUCAAACGAGCUCAUAUAUCACUUGAUAAACAUGAUACAUAUACAUACUUUAGUGAAACAAAUGAUGGUGCUAAUCUUCUCAAAAGUGGACAUACUAGUACAAAUGUAAUGGAUAUUAUUAUAGUACUUGUUGAUAACAAAGAAUAA